AUGGCCAGAUUGGCGGAUACACUGACGGAAGCUGGACAUAAUGUGACAUUUCUGAUUCCUGUCGCUGAUGAAGCAAGAAAAAGACAAUUGGGAGUGAAGUUAACGAAGGAUGUGGUGUUGGUCGAGCAAGACGCCGAAAUGCGUCGUCACGUGAAACCAAUCGACGAUGAUAUGGAACAGUUUUGGACAACAGAUAUGGACUCAUCGAAUGCUGAUACAAUCUUCAACAUGUUCACCGAGUCGAUGACACUCUCCUGCGAGAACUUUAUGCGUAACCGAGAAGUAUUCGACCAGAUGAAAUCCCGUAACUUCGACGUGGGAAUCUUCGAACCACUCUCUGUGUGUGGCCUCGGAUUUAUGCAUGCUCUGGGAAUCGAUAAAAUGAUUAUGGCAUCCUCGUGUGCCCUAUACGACGGAACAGUUGCCGCUAUCGGGGAGCCAUUGGAUUUCAGUUAUGUACCUGGGAUGAUGAGCAAAUCUGGAGAGAAAAUGAGUCUUUUCGAGAGACUUGAAAACUAUAAAAUGUCGAUGGCCUCCUAUAGAAUGCAGUAUAAUAUGUGGGAUAAGGAAAUCUCGAUUGUCCAAAAAGCAUACGGCGCCUCGAUCCCCGACUGGCGGGAUCUGAUGCCGGCUUCCUCUGUGUUCUUCACAAAUUCCAUUCCAUACGUGGAUUUCCCGCGUACAGUAACCCAGAAGACAGUGCCAAUCGGUGGAAUUUCAGUGGAUAUGGCGGCGAUUCGAGACCACAAAUUAUCGAUUGAAUGGAGUACUGUAUUGGAUGAGAGACCCUAUAAUAUGUUGAUUUCUUUCGGUUCGAUGGUCAGGUCCAUGGAUAUGCCCAUUGAGUGGAGAAACGGACUACUGGAAGCGAUAAAAUCGGAGCCGAACGUGACAUUCAUCUGGAAAUACGAGAAUGAUGAAUUGGAAUGGGCACAAGGAGUCUCGAAUAUCCAUUUCUCUCGAUGGGUUCCCCAAACGGCCCUUCUGAAUGACGACCGUCUUAGUGCGUUCAUGACACACGGAGGUCUUGGAUCAACGAAUGAAUUGGCUCAUCUCGGAAAGGCGGCUCUCAUGAUUCCAGUAUUUGCAGAUCAGAAUAGAAAUGCUCGAAUGUUGGAAAGGCAUGGAGGAGUGAAGGUGAUUGAGAAGUAUGAGUUGGCUGAUAAACACAAGAUCCGAUCGGCAAUUCAAUCGAUAUUACAUGACAAACAGUAUAAGGAGAAGGCCGAGAGACUCGCGCAUUUAUUGAUUAAUCAACCGAUGAAACCGAAGGAACAAGUCGUCAAGUAUACUGAAUUUGUCGCCAGAUUCGGUCCAUUCCCUCAAAUGGAUUCUCACGGAAGGAAACUUUCAUUCAUCCAGAGAAACUUGGUGGAUGUUUAUUCUAUUAUUGGAUUUUCUUAUUUAAUUGCAUUUUCUUUUGUCUUUUAUGUUUCUAAGUUUGUAUUUGAUAGGAUUCCUGUGAAAUUUGUCAAAAAGGACUAA